AUGAACGGGUUUCGGAUAUGGACUCAUGUGCUACACUCAACACACAAUAUAAGACCGGUUUCGGGCAUGACCUUGGUCCUACAUUUGGAGGAAUCCAAACGUGGCAACCUGAAGCAACUGCGGUGCCGAGAGUGCGGAACUCGAGCUGUUAUCACGCUGGUCUUAGCACAUCCUCCUCUUCGGCGCCGCGGUUCCUCGGAUCGCAAAACUGCGGAGGUCAUCAGUUUUGAGAACGGCAUAAGCCGCGAUCCUAUUGUACCUCCACCCCUUCCUCGUUAUUGCUGUUCCGAUUUUGAAAUAGUUAUUGCUCAGGUGUGUGGGGAAGAUAACUAUGAGAUAGACCCGUAUUCUGCUCCCGUCAGAGAAUGCUGUAACCAAGGCUGCAAUGAUUGGGCACUUACACAGUUCUGCCUGUAAGUCAUCUCAGAAUCCUGUAUGAUAACCAAAUGUGUAAUAAACAAAAACUCUAAUUAAAUAAUAUCCGGAAUAUCGAGGUCUUAGCUUUUAAGCAUCAUCAGUUUGCCAUCUCUUUAUGUGGAUCAAUUAUCCUAUGACAAAUAAAAUAACAACUUGUGGAAUUUGCUCAAAGCACUCUCCUUGAGGAACCUGCACCAACACUCCCUACUUAUUGCUGUGACGAUCUUGAAGAAAAAGUUUCUGAAGUGUGCAGGGAAGAUGGCUACUAUCCUAUUUACUAUUAUUCUCCUGAGUACCAAGAGUGCUGCUACUUAGGUUGCGACGAGGACGAUCUUUCCCAGUUCUGCAUUGCAAACGAUAUGUACGAUCCUGCAAGCACCUCAAGCCUUACGUCUACAAGUAGUGAAAACUAUAUGGAAGAAACCGACCCAAGCCUUAUGAGUGCAUACAGUGAAGAGCUUAUGGAAACAACUGACCAAAGCCCUAUCAAAACAACCACCUCAAGUCUUCUUAGUACAGAAAGUGCAAACACUUUGGAAAGAACCGACCCAACACCUACGAUUCCCUAAACGACUCUCUUCCAAGGAUAAAACUUGCUAGACAAGGCAAGAUCUCAGAAAUGAAAUUGAUACCCAGUGAACACAGAUAGAAAAAUUAUCGUUUAAAAAACGAAUGUAUUUUUCUCAAUAGCAUAAAGUAAAUCACACAUGUACCAUUUACGUUUUGAACUGUAUCUAAAAUAAAAAUAUUUGAAAUAUCUCGAU